AUGAGUACGACAUACAACCUCGAGCCGAACCCUACCGCCAAAGUCGUCCUCCACACGACUACCGGUGACCUGGAAAUCGAGCUAUUCGCGAAGCAGACGCCCAUAACCUCGCGCAACUUCCUGCAGCUAUGUCUCGAUGGCUACUACGACAACACCGUCUUCCACCGCCUGGUCAAGGGCUUCAUCGUCCAGGGAGGAGACCCGACAGGCACCGGCCAGGGCGGAGAGAGUAGCUACGAUGGCGAGCCUUUCGCGGAUGAGUUCCACAGUCGGCUGAAGUAUACUAGGCGAGGACUGCUGGGCAUGGCCAACACAGGAAAGAAGGACGACAACGGCAGCCAGUUCUUCUUCACACUGGCCGCGACGCCGGAGCUGCAGGGGAAGAACACCAUGUUCGGCAGGGUGGCAGGCGACACCAUCUACAACCUGAUGAAGAUGGCCGAGGCUGAGAUACGGGACGGAAGUGAGGACCAGCCCAUGUACCCGACUAAGGUCACCGGCGCUGAGAUAAUUAUUAACCCGUUCGAGGACAUGGUCAAGAGGGCGCAAGUGGCAGCGCGGACAGAACCAGAGACGAAGAAGGCUAAGAAGCCGAAGCGGAAGGCCGGCAAGAACGUGCUCAGUUUUGGUGAUGAUGCAGCUGAGGCUGACUCGGCUCCUGUUGCGAAGAAGCCCAAGUUUAACACCAAGCUAGUCAGUGCAGGCGAGGACAAGCCCGCGUCGAAAGCACCUGAGGACACGAGAGAGAUACCCAUACGCAAGCCAUCGCGAAAGUCACCGCCGCCAUCCCCCUCGCCCAAACUCGCACAAAAGCCGCCCCCAUAUCACCACCUAAGCCCAAAGCCCGCACCCCCACGAGAACUCUCGCCCGAGUCCGAAAAGCGAUCGAAGCUAGACCGUGUGAACCAACAGAUCGCCGAUCUCAAGGCAUCUAUGAAGCGAAACACAUCAGCCCAAGAUACAGGACCGGUCAAGAAGAAGUCGUUGCUAGAGGCUAUGGUGCCAACAUCCACAACACGGGGACGGAAGCGAGGGGCAGGCGGCAACACUAAGGACGAACAGUCCGCGCUGGACAUCCUCUCCCGAUUCAAGUCGAAACUGGAAUCAGCCGACUCAGCCGCAGCCCCGAAAAUCGCAACACCGGCACUACCCGAGGAUACGGCGAACGGCCACACCAACGAAGAUAGGGGUGAAGACGACCAGGAAGACGAAGCUGCGUGUGACUUGCAUUUCAUAGUAGGCUGCCAGUCCUGUAAAGCCUGGGAUAAGCAGGACGAAGAGGAUUCAGAUGACGACGCAGGGUGGAUGUCGCAUUCGUUGAGCUUCGCGAAAGACAGAUUAGGGAAAGACCUCGAGUGGAAGCGGAAGAACGAAGAGGAGCUAUUGGUCAUUGAUCCAAGGGAGGAGGCAAAACGGCAUAAAGCUGAAGGUAAAAAGGGUAGGAAAGAACGAGAUGAUGCAAAGGCAAACAAGGCCAAGGUUUAA